AUGUCCUCGCGAAUCCCGGACCGAUCGGGUUCGCGGCGCAGCCGGUCGCGCUCCCCAUCGUCCUGGCGUCAACUCCAGGAUCGCCCCCGCAAUGAACGAGACAAUCGCGACCGACAAGAACCAAAUCGCCGAUGGGAUAAUGGAAAUUCACGUGGCUCAGGUCCCUCCCGGGAUAUGCGCGACCAAGUCAGACUCAACCAGCUUCAAGAGGACGAACAAGCGCGUGCGUGGGUUGCGCAGGAGGACAUCUUUGUGCUCAAGCAGGCCAAGAAAAAGGCAGAAAUUCGAGUCAAGGAAGGGCGUGCAAAGCCUAUUGACUGGCUGACAGUCACACUGCGUGUUAUCGACCCGACACGCGAUCCCUUGGACGACGAGAUCGCCGAUUCCGAACUCGAUGUGGUGGACCCUGAUGGUGUCUUCGAGGGACUGUCGCAGUCACAGUUGGAGGAUCUGGAGCAUGAUAUUGAUACCUUCCUGAAGCUGGAGUCAAACCCGCAGAAUCGGGACUUUUGGAAGACCAUGAAGAUUAUCUGCCGUGAUCGCCAGAAAACCUCUGCACCUCAAGGACGAGCUCUCAGCUCCGUGGCCGCCGAUAUCAACCGACUACUCAGCCCGAAAACUUACGAACAACUUCAGACGCUAGAGGUCCAAGUCAAGCGGAAACUGAACUCCAACGAACCUAUCGAUACAGACUACUGGGAAGAGCUUUUACGUAGCUUGACAGUGUGGAAAGCCCGAGCAAGACUGCGGAAUGUAUACCAAGAUGUGAUCGACGAACGAGUGCGCGAUCUCAGGAAACAACAGAAGGCAGAGGCGGAAUCUAUGCGGGAGAAGCUUGCGCCUCUCGCGCCCACUGUGUCUGGAGUGGACCAGUCCCAGACUGUGGAUUCCGAUGAAUUCAAGGGCUUGGAUCCUGAUCCAUUGUUGCAUGUGCGCCAGGAAGAUAAAGGACUGGAAAUUAUGGACGAGACUGUAUUCCUUCGCCAAGUGGCUCGAGAACGCCAAAAGAUCCUUCGUAUGGGCACUGUCUCCACCACCACAGCUACGUCAGGGGUGCCCGGUCGCUUCUCUUCGAUACCCAAUGACGAUUUCUCGCAAGCUACCAAGGCCCUGUACGAGAGGGAGCUGGCCAAGGGUGUGAGUGAGAACGAAGAGAUCUUCACUAGCGAAGAGGCCGUGACUACUGCUUCACAAUCCCAAUGGGCUGGCAAGCACCGCCCACGAAAGCCACGAUACUUCAAUCGUGUUCAAAUGGGAUACGAAUGGAACAAGUACAAUCAGACCCAUUAUGAUCAUGACAAUCCGCCACCGAAGGUUGUGCAGGGUUACAAGUUCAACAUCUUCUACCCCGACCUCAUUGAUAAAACCAAAGCCCCGACGUAUCGCAUUGAACGCGAAGAUGGUCGGAAGCGAGGGCAGUCCUUUGCAGAGGCUGGAGAAGAGGACACUUGCUUGAUUCGAUUUAUGGCUGGAGCCCCUUACGAGGACAUCGCCUUUCGCAUUGUCGAUAAGGAAUGGGACUAUAGUGCAAAGCGCGAACGAGGGUUCAAGAGUACCUUUGACAAGGGCAUUCUUCAACUCCACUUCCAGUUCAAGAGAAUCUAUUACCGGAAGUAA